AUGUUAACAAUUGGAGGAAACAAAGUCCACCCUGUUGGAGGAAGAGGAGAUCAAGUCCUCGCCUAUUUUGGAAGACAAUCUCAGGAUGCUGUAACCUAUGAUGAUGUGAAUAUGAACUUCACUCCAGAAGAAUGGGCUUUGCUGGAUCCUUCACAGAAGAGUCUCUACAAAGAUGUGAUGCUGGAGACCUACAGGAAACUCACUGCUAUAGGCUACAAUUGGGAAGACCAUAAUAUUGAAGAACAUUGUCAAAGUUCUAGAAGACAUGCAAGGCACAGAAGAAGUCAUAGUGGAGAGAAACCCUCUGAAUAUACUAAGUGUGGAAAAGCCUUGGCCUGUCACAGUUAUCCUCAAAGACAUGAAAGAAUUCAUACUGGAGAGAAGCCUUAUGAAAUUAUUCAAUAUGAUGAAUCCUUUGCACAUCACGGUAGUCUCCAAAUAGAUAAAAGAUUACACACUAGAGGGAAACCCUACAAACAUAAUCAAUAUGAUGAAGCCUUUUCAGUUCAGAGUUAUCUCAGAAGACAUAAAAGAACACAAAAUGGAGAGAAGUCCUAUGAAUGUAAUCAAUGUGGUAAAGCCUUUGCAUAUAAAAGUAAUCUUCAAAUACAUAAAAGAACACAUACUGGAGAGAAACCUUACAAGUAUAAUCAGUGUAACAAAGCAUAUUCCCAAAAUAGUCACCUCCAAAUACAUAAAAGAACACAUACUGGAGAGAAACCCUAUGAAUGUGACCAAUGUGGUAAAGCCUUUGCAUGUCAUAGUAGUCUUUACCACCAUAAAGGAACACAUACUGGAGAGAAACCCUACAAGUGUAACCAAUGUGAUAAAGUCUAUUCAAAACAAAUUUGUCUCCAAAUACAUAAAAGAAUACAUACUGGAGAGAAACAUGAAUGUAACCAAUAUGGUAAAGCCUUUGCAUGUCAUGGUUAUCUUCAAAUACAUAAAAGAAUACAUACGGGAGAGAAGCCUUAUGAAUGUAACCAAUGUGGUAAAACCUUUGCAUGUCAUGGUUAUCUUCAAAUACAUAAAAGAACACACACGGGAGAGAAGCCUUAUGAAUGUAACAAAUGUGGUAAAGCCUUUGCCCGUCAUAGUAGUCUUCACAGUCAUAAGAGAACACAUACUAGAGAAAAACCCUACAAGUGUAAUCAAUGUGGUAAAGCCUUUCCAUGUCAAAGUAGUCUUCACAGGCAUAAAAGAACCUAUACUGGAGAGAAGCCAUUUGAAUGUAAUCAAUGUGGUAAAGCCUUUGCAUGUCCAAGUAAUCUUUGAAAACAUAAUAGAAUACAUACUGGAGAGAAACCCUACAAAUGUAAUCAAUGUGAUAAAGGCUAUUCCCGACAAAGUCAUCUCAAAAACCAUAAAAGAACACAUACUGGAGAGAAAUCUUAUGAAUAUCACAGUAAAUCCUUUGCAUGUAAUAGUCUUUGAAUACAUAAAAGAAUCCAUACUAGAGAGAAACCCUUCAUGAGUAAUCAGUGUGGUAAAGCCUAUUCAAAACAAAUUCUCUACAAAUACAUAAAAGAACACUUACUGAAGGGAAGCCUUAUGAAUGUAAGCAAUGUGGUAAAUACUUUGUGUCUCAUGGUCAACUUCAAAGGCAUGAAAUAUUUCAUACUGGAGAGAAACCUUAAAAAUGUAAUCAAUGUGGUACAGUCUUUGCCUGUCAUAGUAGGCUUCAAAGUCAUAAAAGAUCACACACUGGAGAGAAACCCUAUGAAUGUAGUCAGUGUAGUAAAUUCUAUUGACAACCAUGUAAUCUCAAAACCCAUAAAAAACACAUACUGGAGACAAACCCUAUGACUGUAACCAGUGUGGUAAAGCCUUUGCAUGUCAAAGUUAUCUUCAAAUACAUAAAAGAGCACAAACCUUAUCAAUGGAAACAAUGUGGUAAAUCCUUUGCCUCUCAUUAUCUUCUUCAAAGGCAUGAAAUAAUUCAUACUGGAGAGAAAUUUACAUAUGUAACCAAUGUGGUAAAUCCUUUGCAUGUCAAAGUAGUCUCAAAAUUCAAAAAAGAACAUAUAACUGAUAUCUUGAUCAUAGUCUGCUUCUCUGAUGCCUUCAAAACACCUAGUUAGGAACCCUAA